UUGCCCUCCUUUCCGUUCCCUCAGGCAGCCACCCACUGGGCGCAAGCCUUGGCGCUUCUCCUGCCCCGCGCUCCCUCCCUCUGCCUUUCACUUUCCAGCUGCCAAGAUCUUGGAAGCUUUGAAGCUCAGCAAAGAAGGGAAAUCCAUUGAGAACAGUCUGUAAAGUUUUUGAAACCCUUCUACACAUUCUUCUUUGGAGGUUUACAGUUGCUGUUCCAGGGAAGUGUGCUCGGGGUGGAAUUCUGCUGAGAAGAAGCAAAAGCAGGGAAAGAGUUCUUUAUUCCUUGACCAGAGUCGGUGUCCAGAUUCUGACCGCACGUCGCACACUUCCACUGUGAGGAGAUGUCAUUCAGAUUUGGUCAACAUCUCAUCAAGCCCUCUGUGGUAUUUCUCAAAACAGAGCUGUCUUUUGCGCUUGUGAACAGGAAGCCUGUUGUACCAGGACAUGUCCUGGUGUGUCCCCUUCGGCCAGUGGAGCGCUUCAGGGACUUACAUCCCGAUGAAGUGGCUGAUCUGUUUCAGGUAACCCAGAGAGUUGGAACUGUGGUGGAGAAGCAUUUCCAGGGGACAUCUCUUACCUUUUCCAUGCAGGAUGGCCCAGAAGCGGGACAGACUGUGAAGCAUGUGCACGUCCACGUUCUUCCCAGGAAAGCUGGAGACUUUCACAGGAAUGACAGCAUCUAUGAUGAGCUCCAGAAACAUGACAAAGAGGAGGAGGACUCCCCAGCCUCAUGGAGAUCGGAGGAGGAGAUGGCGGCAGAAGCAGCAGCACUGCGGGGCUACUUUCAGUGAUCCAGGCACGAAAGUAGCUCAAACAAAUCCCAAGGCAUAAGGAAAUGGGCCUCGUUCUCUAGGACUUUACAGCAUUGGAAAUGAAGCUAAGCAGACUUAAUUACAUCCUACAAUUCUGCAACCUUUUGCGAAGCAUUUUAUUAAGUCGUGGAAGCCAUCCAGGGUUAUGUUUCAAUCAUGGUGACUGACUGACUAACUUCAACACAACGGUACCAACAGCCCUUCCAAAGAUCCUUGGUUAUGUACUUAGGAUAGUACCUUCUCUAAAUUGUACCUUGGUCUGCACGGAAAUAAAAUGGUAGUUAAAAUA